AUGUCACAUGUCCAACCAAUAAAGCCACCACGUUAUUCAUCAACUUAUGAAGAUGGUACAUAUCAAUAUCGACAUGUUAUUUUGGAUAAGAGUACGUUAACAACAAUUCCAAAGACUCGUCUAAUGAACGAAUAUGAAUGGCGUGCAUUGGGAAUUCAGCAAGGACCGCAUUGGGAACAUUAUCUCAUUCAUAAACCUGAACCAUUUGUACUUAUGUUUCGUCGUUUAUUAAAAUAUCGUGCUGAAUUAAAUCCAGCCAUGCAACAACAAAAUACUCAUUUUCCCACGACACGAAUGCCGACUAGUUCAACAUUGAAUUUAUCAAUCAGCCAUCCACUUGGUGAUUCAACAAAUAUGAAAAAGAACAUGAUUAUCAAUGGUGGAUCUCGACUAGCUAUAAAUCAUUAUAAAACUAUGCAUGAUGCUAUGGAUGAAAGCAAUGAUGACUUACGAGAAUCCGACUUUGCUAGUCAUGAUUAUGAUGGAUAG